UUCCGGAAACGUGCACGUGCAAGCUGGCCGCAAUACGUCAUGGCGACCAGACGCCUUUUAGGGGCUACCCGGACGUGGGGGACCCGGGAGCUCCUAGAUCCCGCCUCUCCCAGAAGACUCCUGGUCCGGGAUUAUGCUAAGAAACCAGUUAUGAAGGGGGGCAAAACCGGAAAAGGUGCAGUGGCCAGUGAGGCCCUCAAGGACCCCGAUGUGUGCACAGACCCUGUCCGGCUCACCACAUACGCCAUGGGCGUCAACAUCUACAAGGAAGGGCAAGAUGUACCCCUGAAACCGGAUGCUGAGUACCCUGAAUGGUUGUUCGAGAUGAACUUGGGCCCCCCAAAGACCCUGGAGGAGCUGGAUCCUGAGAGCCGGGAGUACUGGCGGCUGCUGCGGAAACAGAACAUCUGGCGCCACAACCGGCUGAGCAAGAACAAGAAGUUGUAGCGUGGUGGGCCCGGCCUCCCCGACCCCGACCCCGACCCCCGCCCCGAGGCCUUGCUGUGUAGCUGGUGGGCCCGGCCUCCCCGCCCCCCGCCCCGAGGGCUUGCUGUGUAGCCUGGUGGGCCCGGCCUCCCCGCCCUCGCCCCAGGCCUUGCUGGGUAGCUUGGUGGGCCCGGCCUCCCGACCCCGCCCCAAGGGCUUGCUGCGUAGCGUGGUGGGCCCAGCCUCCCCGUGCCGUUUUCCCAGAGGAUGCGGACUUUUGUGAGACAAGAGGCGGCUCCCCAGCCUGGGUUUCCAUGUGACCCCACAGUGGGGCUGGACCAGGGCCCUGCAGGCCAAUAAAGACCUUUCUGGGUAGACCCU